AUGAGUAGUUUCAACAUCCCUGAAGAAAUCGUGAUCGAUAUCUUAUUGAGACUACCCUCAAAAUCACUCGUUCGGUUUACGUGUGUUUGCAAGUCAUGGCAAGAUUUGAUUAGAAGCUCAAGUUUUGCUCGAUCACAUCUUAAUAGGAAUACAGCAAGACGUUCCCAUAGAUAUCUGUAUGCUUACCAUCGCUCCACCACAGAUCAUGAACCUGCAAAACAUUAUCAGCACUCUCUUUUCUCUGUUGAAACAUUUGAGCCGUGCUUGAAUCUAAGACAUCCCUUGUGGACUGGAAAACAAUUCAGAAUAUAUGGUUCAUGCAAUGGCCUUCUGUGCAUCUCCGACAAGAAUCUUCGUUCGAAUAGUCCUAUAUGCAUAUGGAACCCAUCUAUUCAGAAGUUUAGGGUUCUUCCAAAUAUUGGGACGCCUUUGCGCCUUAAAAGUACUUACCGUCUCAUAUGGAACCCUAUUCGGAAGUCAUGUAUCCGUAAAAGUCAUGCCCGUCUCUCGUUUGGAUUUGAUCCACAGCUUAACGAUUACAUGGUUGUGAGGAUUGUCGAAUCCGAAUUGUCUAAUCUUGUUGAGGUAGUUGAGGUUUAUACCCUCAGCACAAACUCAUGGAAGAGGAUUCGGGUAACCCCUCCUUGGUCAAAUUCCAUUUACAUUCACAUGGGAAGUGCAUUUUUGAAUGGAAUAGAAUACUGGACUGCUAAGACAUGUUCAGGAUAUAAGAUUGCUGCAUUUGAUACGAGGAGUAAACAAUUUCAAGAACUCAUGGUGCCAAAAGAAGAUUCCAUUUGGUUGCUGCUAGUGCGAGUGUGCCAAGAAUCACUUUGCUUCUUUCAUUACUAUGAGGGAUCCAUUGACUUGUGGAUGAUGAAAGAACAGUGUUUGAACAAGGUGGGUAAAGCACAUUUACCCGAGAAAGGAGGGUAUCCGGUUCCACUGAUCAGCUCUAGCAUGGAUAAUGAACUAGUCAUCAUGCAUCAGUAUAGAGAUGAACAUGGAUUGGAAUUUGACCAAAUGGCUAUAUUUAACAUUGAAUCCAGGCAAUCUAUUAGAACUGGGAUUAGGUUGGAGCGGAAAGAUUUCGGCUACUUUGAUGGCGGUUCGUACAUUGAAAGUCUGGUUUUGCUCAGUGAUUAA